AUGAAAGCUUUUCUCAGCACGCUGGCCACCAAGCCAGCUGCACGCUCGCAGAUCCGCCGGACAGACCAUCUCAGACUAUUCYCACAAACUGCAAUUGCCAGACGACACAACGUACCGGAUUUGAAUGACAAGACCUUGCUCAAGAAUCAGAGCUACAUCAAUGGGAAAUGGGUCGACGCUGCUUCGGGAAAGACGUUCGAAGUGCACGACCCGUCUUCUGGGAGCGUGAUUGGAACCAUGCCGGAGAUGAACAAGAAUGAUGUGAACGAGGCGAUUGAAGCAGCUUCGAAGGCUUUUGUAUCGUUUAGAAAGACCACGGGGCGUGAGAGAGCGAAGAUGUUGAGGAAGUGGUACAACCUCGUGAUAGAGAAUAGCGAGGAUAUUGCGAAGCUCAUUACAUGGGAGAAUGGUAAACCAUUUGCGGAUGCAAAGGGAGAGGUGGGAUACGCUGCAAGCUUUUUCGACUGGUUCAGUGAGGAAGCUCCUCGGAUAUACGGAGACACCAUCCCAGCAAGCGUUGCAGGGAACCGUGUCUACACGGUAAAGGAGCCGGUGGGAGUCUGCGGUCUGAUCACCCCUUGGAACUUCCCAGCAGCCAUGAUCACUCGUAAGAUCGGGCCCGCACUUGCGGCAGGAUGCACAGUUGUUGCGAAAUCUCCCGGCGAAACUCCUUUUACUGCAGCGGCUCUCAUCGAACUGGGCCACCGCGCCGGCAUACCUGCCGGCGUCAUCAAUAUUGUCACAGCUCUCGAGAACACUAUUGAGGUGGGAGAGGCAAUCACUUCAUCGAAUGACAUCAAGAAAGUCAGCUUUACCGGUUCCACUGGUGUCGGGAAGCAGCUCAUGAAGCAGUCGGCCGAUACCUUGAAGAAACUCUCCUUCGAACUCGGCGGCAAUGCGCCUUUCAUCGUAUUCGACGACGCAGACCUUGAGACUGCUGUGAGCGGAGCGAUCUCAAGCAAGUUCCGUGGCAGCGGCCAGACUUGCGUGUGUGCCAACAGAAUUUACGUUCAGAAGGGCAUCUAUGAUGACUUCGCUCAAGCAUUCACCGAGAAGGUGAAGAACUUCAAAGUUGGAUAUGGCUUUGACGAGGGAGUCACACACGGCCCCUUGAUUCACGAUAGGGCAGUUAGCAAAGUGCAGGAUCACGUUGAGGAUGCCGUGAACAAUGGGGCCAAGGUCCUUGCUGGCGGAAAGAAGCUUCCGGACCUAGGUCCAAACUUUUACUCUCCGACGGUCAUUCGCGACAUGAAGAACACCAUGAAGAUUGUAUCCGAGGAGACUUUUGGCCCAGUGGCGGCAUUGUUCCCAUUCGACAGCGAAGCUGAGGUUGUCAAGCUUGCCAACGAUGCAGAUGUCGGACUUGCUGGUUACUUCUUUUCCAAGGAUAUCCAACGAUGCUACAGAGUAGCAGAGGCUUUGCAAUUUGGCAUGAUCGGAAUCAACACGGGGCUAAUCUCAGAUCCAGCAAGUCCAUUUGGAGGCGUGAAACAUUCGGGCUUUGGCAGGGAGGGAUCAAAGUAUGGCAUUGACGAGUACAUGACCAUCAAGACGAUGACUGUCGGGGGUGUUGGAGAGCUGCAGGGGUCGUCGUAG